AUGCCAAAAUGGCAGCCAUUUUGCCAGGAGGUCGAGCUUGACCCGCGUGCAACAGUCGGGACGUUUAUUUUUCUCAUUCUUUCUAGUCCAGAGGCGCUGGUGGCUUGGAGCAAAAUUAAGGAGCAUCAUCAAGGCCAAGGGGCGCGCGACUCGGGGUCCAGGGACUGGAAUCGAAGCAGCCCGAAGCAGCCCGAAGCAGCAGAGACAGACGUGCGAUACCCCCGAGAAUAUCUUGGUCGUGUGUCUCUCGCUUGCAAACCCCUCAAGCCAUUGUCCGGCGCCCUCGAGCUGGCCCGCGUGAACAAGAUGGACUCGACCGUGCCGUGGAUCAUUGCCUCUAUCAGCUUCCCCAUCAUGCUGCCGAAGCAGUUCAUCAACGUCGUACAGCUCAUCAAGGCGAGCAGGUGGCUGGCAGAGGGCGACAUCAAGACGCGGAGGGAGCGGGGGCUCACGCGGAGGGAGCAGGGGCUCACGCGGAGGGAGCAGGGGCUCACGCAGAGGGAGCAGGGGCUCACGAAGGGAACAGGGGCUCACGCGGCGCAAGGAGAAAUCCCGACGCUUCUCGGCUGCAGUGUCCAGUCGGGCGGCAAGCCUGGCUCGCUCCGCUCUGCAGCCUGCUUGUAA